ACUGAAGUGAAACUUAAUGUUUGUCAGAGCGACAGCAGAGCUGCAGUGGAGACGAAUCUCUGUAUGUUUGUCUAAAGAAAUAUUACACUUUGUUCUUCAGGACUUUUCUCAAUAACUGACAAAAAUACUGAUAUGUCUGCUGCCAGCAAUCUGUUGUCUGAAGAUCAGUUUCUGUGCUCCAUCUGUCUGGAUGUGUUCACUGAUCCAGUCACCAUACCAUGUGGACACAACUUCUGCAAAAACUGUAUCACUGAACACUGGAAUACUAGUGACAGAUGCCUGUGUCCCUUGUGUAAAGAGGUUUUCAACACAAGACCGGUUUUGAGGGUCAACACUUUGUUCUCUGAGAUGGUUGUUCAGUUCAGACAGUCAGCUCAACAGAAAGCCAGCAGCUCAGACCAACAGGUUGCAAAACCAGGAGAAGUUCCCUGUGACGUCUGCACUGGAACCAAACUGAAGGCCCUGAAGUCCUGCCUGGUGUGUCUGGUCUCCUACUGUGAGACUCACCUGGAGCCUCAUCUGACAAUGACAGGCCUGAAGAGACAUCAGCUGAUCGACCCUGUGGAGAACCUGGAAGACAGGAUGUGUACGAAGCACGAUAAACCUCUGGAGCUGUUCUGUAAGACCGACCAGACAUGUGUCUGCAUGCUCUGCAGUGUUUUAGACCACAAGAUGCACGAGUUUGUUCCUCUGAAAGAAGAAUAUGAAGGAAAGAAGGUCGAGCUGGAGAAGACAGAGGCUGAAAUUCAGCAGAUGAUAAUGAAGAGACGACUGAAGAUUCAGGAGAUCAAACACUCAGUCGACCUCAGUGAGGAAGAUGCAGACAGAGAGAAAGCAGAAGGUGUUCAGGUCUUCACUGCUCUGAAGGAGUCUGUUGAGAGAAGACUGAAUGAACUCAUCAAAACGAUAGAAGAGAAGCAGAAAACGACAAAGAAACAGGCUGAAGACGUCAUCAGAGAGCUGGAACAGGAAAUCUCUGAUCUGAUGAAGAGAAGCACUGAGGUGGAGAAGCUCUCCCUCUCUGAAGACCACCUCCACCUUCUCCAAAGCUUCCCGUCCCUAAACUUCCACCAUCCAUCACCCACCAAGGACUGGACAAAGGUCAGUGUUCCUCCAGCAUCAUAUGAGGGGAAUGUGGUGAAAGCUGUGGUUCAGCUGGAGGAGACACUCAGUGAAGAGAUGAAGAAGCUGGUUGUUGAAGCUGAGCUGAAGAGGGUCCAGAAGUAUGCAGUGGAUGUGACUCUUGAUCCUGAUACAGCUCAUCCUAAACUCAUCCUGUCUGAUGAUGGGAAACAAGUGCAUCAUGGUGAUGUGAAGAAGAAACUCCCAAACAACCCAGAGAGAUUUUCUGAUUGUAAUUGUGUUUUAGGAAAGCAGAGUUUCUCUUCUGGCAGAUUUUACUUUGAGAUUGAAGUCAAAGGAAAGACUGAGUGGGAUUUAGGAGUGGCCAGAGAGUCGAUCAACAGGAAGGGACAAAUCACACUGAGCCCUGAAGAUGGUUACUGGGCUAUAUGGUUGAGAAAUGGAAAUGAGUAUGAAGCUCUUGAUGACCCUUCAGUUCUUCUCUCCCUGAAGUCUCGGCCUCAGAAGGUGGGGGUGUUUGUGGAUUAUGAGGAGGGUCUGGUCUCCUUUUAUGACGUAGAUGCUGCAGCUCUUAUCUACUCCUUCACUGACUGCUCCUUCACUGAGAAACUCUUCCCAUACUUCUGUCCUUGUUAUAAUGAUGGUGGUAAAAACUCUGCACCUCUGAUCAUCUGUCCUGUCAAUCAAACUGCCUGAUCCUUUUUAAUGAUCGGCAAUUCAUUGAACAAUGAAUAGUGCCACCUAAAAAUAAAUAUAUUGAAUAAAUCUUUCCAUAUUAUGUCCACAAAGUGAAUAUAAUCCAGACAUGAAGACUAAACAAAAAAUUGACAGGUGGAUGAACAUGUAUUUUCAUUCAUGUUAACAAAUGUACAUCUUUAGUGGUAAUGUGUAGUGUAAACUUCUUUUCAUCUGGAUGUGAUUUGUAAUUUCGUCAUCUUUUGCGUCAUUCUGCCACUCAGUCUGUCAUAUAAAGUGAGAACAUUAACUGGUAGAGUUCACUGUUAAAAAUGUGGAUUUUUUAUGGUAAUGUUUCUUAAAGAGAAAUAUAAAUGUGUUAACUGGUAUCUGUUAAACUCAACAAUGUACUGAUGAAUAAUAUUGCUUUUAGAAUGUAAAUAACUGGGCUUUUCUAUAUCAUUGUACUGAUUUACAUUUAUUUUAUUUUGCAUUUCUUUGGCUUUUUUUCUUUCAUUAUUUUAUUUUAAAUGUUUUAAAUAAAGCACUUUGGGUGGCUGUUCAGCCUGUGUUUGAAUACUAUAAUUACCAGAUUACGUUGGUUUUUAAAGGUUUCCUUACAAGUCAAUGACAGAUUGUUUUAUACAAGUUACUAAAUUAAUAAGUCCAACACUGAGUCCUCAACCUCAUUCUUAAAGACAGAAAAGGUUGAUAUAUGUCAAUGACUAAAACAGAUGCUGUAAAGUAAAUGAAAACAUGUUUUGUAAUGAAUGAAAUUACUCUGCUGUAAAGUAUCACUUCAUUAAAAUCCUGUGCAGAAGAAGAAUCUGUUGAAGUUUUUUUUUUACAACUGGAUCUUGUCAAUAAA